UGAAAAAGCUGUGACGACAGAAAGCAUCACUUAAUGGGGGACAGAGAAUGGAUGGAGAAAAGAGAGACCCGGCAGAAGAAGGGACAGAGCUCGGCGAAGGGUUUGAGGAGAGAGGAAAUCACCAUUAAAACGCCCUAAACUCUUUUUGUAGAUAUUUGUAUUUGUAUUCAGGGAGCUUAAAAUGAUAGGCCUCUUGGAGAAAUAAGUCAGUGGGGACGAAUUUAAAAUUGCGUCUUUUUUGGAAUUAAGUCAGCAACGGAAAGCUCAUUAAACAAUGAGUUCACCGUAGUUAAACUCAAACGGGGAUAUGGCGAAUUUAGAGUUCGGAUCUCAGCAGUCGUGUUCCGGCGGCGAUUCCCCCGCGAUGGGAUUCGAGAAGGAGAAAGAUUCCGGUCAUCACGGUCCGUGCGAACCCGGCUCUCCGCCGCUGCAAACUCCGCUCUCCCAGCAGGGUAUGGAGGCAAUCAAAGUUUAUUUGCACGAGAGAGAUCUGUGGGCGAAAUUUCAUGAUGUCAAUACAGAGAUGAUCAUCACUAAAGCUGGCCGACGAAUGUUUCCCAGCUACAAGGUGAAGGUAACAGGCUUAAACCCCAAAGCAAAAUAUAUCUUACUGAUGGACAUUAUUUCAGCUGACGAGCAUCGGUACAAGUUUACAGAUAACAAAUGGUCCAUCAGUGGUAAAGCUGAGCCGGCGAUUCCAGGCCGACUGUAUGUGCACCCAGACUCACCGGCUUCAGGAGCUCACUGGAUGAGACAGCUCGUCUCUUUCCAGAAGCUCAAACUCACCAACAACCACCUGGAUCCUUUCGGACAUAUCAUUUUAAAUUCCAUGCAUAAAUACCAGCCUCGCCUGCACAUUGUGAAGGCAGACGAGAGGAACAGCUUUGGCUCCAGCAACACAAGUUUCUGCACACACUCAUUUCCUGAGACGACCUUCAUCGCUGUAACAUCCUACCAGAACCACACAAUCACUCAGCUGAAAAUUGAGAAUAAUCCAUUUGCUAAAGGUUUCCGUGGAAACGACGAUAUCGAAUUGCAUCGCAUGUCCCGUACACCAAGUAAGGAGUAUCCACUUGUACCACGUAGUACUGCAAGGCAGCGUGCAGCUCCACCCUCGCCUGACUCCUGUCUCUCUCGGUCAGAAUACACUGUGACACAAAAGCCCAGUCCUGGCUACACCUGCUCCGACAUUUCAGCUUUUCAUGAGGUAAUGCGUUCCAAACCUGGUUGA